UCUGAACAUGAUGAAAGUAGUGUAAUUCACUUAAUAAUGGUCGGGUCAAUUCUAUCCUUACAAUAUAUGAGAAGACAAUCUAAACUACCUACUGUAUAUAACUGAUGUCAUUAUAUAAUGCAGAUAAGGUAGCUUACAAGUUGGUGGGGACAAGUUCAGCAUCCUGAAAAAUUGGUAGUGUUAUGUCCCUACCCUAUGCAAACUUACGCCCUUGCCCUAAAUGUUCAAAUCACAUCGAGUACAAUCAAAUACAAAUAAAUAAAUACAUAAGAAGGCUGUUACCCAGGACACCAUUAAGAGUAGGACCGCCUCUGCGCACAAUAAUAGGAAGUCAAUGACCAGCAAAAAUAAGGAAAACCUGACAAGAAUAUAAAGAAAAAGAACAACAAAAAGACAUAGGAGAGGAAUAACAAAACAAGUACAACACUAAUCAGAUAAAAAGUGACCCAAAAAUAACAAGAAUGAAAAAUGACAGAAGAAAAACAAGUGCUUUACAAUAUAAACAGGAAGAACAAAAGGACAAAGAACAGCAUGAACGCGAAUCACAAACCGAAUCAACAAAACAAACCACAAAGAACAUAUGGAAUAUGGCAGAAGAAAAUGAACAAUGAAUAAAAAAUUGAAUAACAAUCAAGAACAACUAGAAUAAUAUGAAUAAGAUUCACCAGAUGGGCAAAGUAACUAGGGCAAACUCACAACAUCUAAACAUUAAAAGCGAGCAGAACAAAAACUACAGCAAAAUCAAGAACAAGCAUUGAAAGAAGAUGGAGAACAAAAAGAAGAGCAACACAAAUCUAAAAAAAAAACAAUAAGACAGAACACAACAAACUUAAAGGUGAAUGACAAAACAUCAUAAAAAAGAGAGAACCUUAAGAAAAAAAGCCAAAAGUGUGGCUGCAAAUAUUUACAAUAAUAAGGAGGACUAACAGGUUGCUUCCUGUGCACUAAAGGAACACACGUGCACACAUGCAAAUGGAUCACAUGACCGCUACCUUCCCGCCUUCACUCCCAAAAGCUUCCAGUAGACUUUUUCUAAUUGGUCCAUCCAAUGCCCCCCUCCAACUAUUCCGCCCUUCCCAGUUCUUCCCAAUUUCAGAGCUCGUGGUGGUUCUCACACUUCAUCAGAAGCGUGGCCUAUUCGGGUGGACUCCAUCGCACCCGCGCCCGCCAUGGGUUCUUGAGAGCGGGUCGGGGGGCUUGAUGAGGAUAAUGAUGAUGACAAUGACCAUGAUGACGAUGCUUCAGACCUCUACGCCUUUUUCGGUUAAAGACAUCCUGAAAGCGGGACAACAGUUUCCCCCCGUCUCCAUGGUUCACUACCACAGCACCCCGCCACCCUCCUGCAUGCUGUCCCGGGACAGUCCUCCGACAACACUGGCCUUGCCGCCGCCCCCGCCCUUCUCGGAUCCCGAACGCUCAGUGUUCCUUGGAGCACUAGGGGAGGACGAGGACGAGGAGGAAGACACCACGGAAGGGUACCCACACGGGGAAGCACUACAGGGUCCCAAGAGGGAGGCCCCCGAUGGCAUGGAACUGUGCGGUCCUUCUCCCCGGGACGAGGCCCCAUCGGAGGACGCACGGCCUGCGUCUCAAUUGAAGCCGCGCAGCCGACGCCGGCCCCGGGUGCUUUUCUCCCAGUCUCAGGUGCUGGAACUAGAGCGUCGCUUCAAGCAGCAGCGCUAUUUGUCGGCACCCGAGCGAGAGCACCUUGCGUCGGCCCUCAAGCUCACCUCCAACCAGGUCAAGAUUUGGUUUCAAAACCGCCGCUAUAAGUGCAAACGGCAGCGGCAGGACAGAACCCUGGAGGCGGCCGGCCAGCACCACCAUGCUGCGCCGCCGCCGCCGAGGCGUGUUGCCGUCCCGGUGCUGGUCCGUGACGGGAAACCGUGCCUCGGAGGCGGCCCGAACCCAGGAUACCCGAGCGCCGCGACGCCGUACGGUUACACGGGGAGCUAUCCGACCUACGCUUACGGCGGCCCGGCGUACCAGAGCGACUCGAGCUGCGUGUACGGCGGCCUGCCCGGAGCGGCGUCAACCUGCCCGAACGCCUUCGUUAACUUCAGCGGCCUGCAGGGCCACUCUGCGCCGGUCGUCAGCCACCAGGGAGGCGCGCCGGCUACGUGCCAGGGCAUUCGGGCUUGGUAGAUGAGGAACAUAUCAUAACAGACUCGCUUAUUAAUUACUUCAUUAUCAGGAUUGGUGACGUCAUAUUUGGAAGCGUGGGCGUCAGGACCAUGGAUGCUGGUUGUGACACUUUGUUUUUGGUGUUGCUUUCUUAAUGCUUUGGGUUGCAGAGAUUUCACAUUUAUUCUAAUAAAAAAGUAAA